ACUGGUGUUCAUUAAAUUAUCACUAUUAGCAGUUAACACUAAAAACACGCCAAACUCUCCAUGUUAAAAGGGAGAUGAGUCGAGAAAACAAAAGAAAGCGUUGAAACAGUAUCAACGAGAGUUACUUUUAACUGAGGUUUAGUAAUCUUACUUGCUACUUGUGUUUAAUUAAAUGUAAAAUUACCUCCCUUUGAUCAUAAUCAUUUAAUGAUUAACUUAAAUGGGGCUAUCAUUAAAUAUCUGCUCCUCACCGUAAUUAUGGUCAAAUAGGAUAAUUCAAUUUAUAAAUUGGUUUAUUCCACUCAUUUUAAGACGAGCCAAUAUAGAAGCCAACUUUUACCAGCCAAUAUGAUAUCAUCUGUUACGCUUUAUUUACUUCUGUUCUUAACCUUUUCACAACUUAAUCAAGCUGAUGAUGAUUUAUGUAAAUUUAAUGGGACUCAAGGAAUUAAAGUAACAUCUCCAUUAUUGAACAAACAAUCUGGCUAUUCAACAAUCGUAGAGAUUGUUUCACCCGAUUCAAGUGUUAUACAAAUUAAAGACGAAUACAAUGGAGACACCAAAACCGGAUCUAUUGUGUUUGAAACUCGUGAACCAGUUAAAUCUAUUCAUUAUUAUUGGACUAGCAAAGAGCUGUUUGUCAUCAACAAUGGGUCAACGAUGUGUGAAACCUUACCAUUGGAUUCGGUUCAUAAAAACGCAGUUAUGUCUGAAUGGAUGACACCAGAAAUGGAUCAAUAUUUGGAUCGUUUGGGUUCUGCUGUGGAUAAUGUUGAUCAACUUGGGCCAACUUUAAUGAUGACUAUUGUUUCUGCCCUUUCUAUAAGCGCUUACUAUCAAGGAAAAAAGACUCUUGAUGAUUUCAGUGUCAAGCACUGGUCUGCUUGUGCUUCUCCUGCUGAUUCAGAUUUAGCUAUAGACUUUUAUUUCUUAGCCAAGACAAACACACCUUAUCGACUUGAAAUUUAUCACCAAAAAAAUGCAAACUCAAAGACACUUUUAAAUUUUCUCACAUUCAAUCAAAUUCCGGCCAAACAUGACCAGCACGUUACCUUUCCCCUUGGAUUUGGAUGUAAAAGACUGAACAAACCUAAAGUAGCCAUUCCUUCAUGGGCCUCAGGUGACACUUAUUUUCUUGAAAUGGAAGCAGCCCUUUCUUUCGUAAAGCCUGAUAGAUUCACCUUGUCUUCUGCUAAAGUCAUCAAAUACCAGAAUGUUUACUCGUACGAGAUAACUGAAUCAAACAGCAUAACACGUUCCAUCAAGACACCAACAUUAAUCAAUUUUUACCAAGUUGAUCCAGUCACAGGAAAGUGCUCCAUUGAAUAUCGACCGUUUUAUGAUUUCACUGCAAAACUCCUUACAACGCUUUGGCCAGUUUCAACACCAUCAACCUACAACUUGCUUAGUCCAUCUCUUUAUAAUCUUGAUUAUACCAAUUAUUUGGGACAAGUCGAUACUGAAUACGGGACAAUGGACGUUUUUGAGGGUGUGAUUUUCGCAUUUUAUUCGACUACUCAAAAUGAACAAAUUGAUGCCUUGAUACAGUAUUACUUUCCUACUUUUAAUGCGGUUGAUAACCGCAACCAACCUCCUCAUCACAUAAUCAUCAAGCCAUAUAACUUAAAUAACUAUGGCUGGUUAACAGCGUCGAUUCCGAAUCAAAUAGAGAUCACUGUUGUCGAUUACAUGGAGAAUGAUAUAAAUUAUAACGAUUACUUCGAUAUUUCUGGUUGUUAUGAUGAACCUGGACAGUAUACUUGGUUUCAGUUGGUUUUUCCAGAUACUUCUCUUGAUAUUGCUCGCUAUCAAGAAAAGGACUUGUCAAUUUAUAAAUCAUUUGAAGCAAUGGUUUCCAAUUUAAUUCCUAAACUACGAUUACCUGAAAUCCGAGUCAACAUCUUUGGUCCAAAUAUUUACGUUACUGGUAAAUUACUUGAAGCCGAGACACACAAUGUAAUCUCAACUCAAUCAACUGUCUUAUCAAAUCCAACUCGUAUUGUUAUCCGUGAAUAUCUUGAAGAUUGCUCACAGCUUUGCUUGGAUGCUGACCAUUGCCCUGCUUUUGCCCAUUGCAACAACUUGGAGUGUUACCUCUUUACCCCUAAAGAUGAAGCAUAUGAGCAAGAAGCUUCAGACAAUUGUACUUUAUACUUUCCCCUUUAUUCUGAUUCAUCAUCUACAACUCCUUUGGUUGAAUUGAAUUUAUUGAAAAGCACCAAAAACAUUCUUCAUCAAUUGAAAGAUAAAAUGACUCGAGGUGAACUUGUGCUUCCCAAUUUAAAGCUAUCAGCUGCAGAUUUAUUCAUUGUCAAUGGUCCUGAAGAAAUCGGUGGACUUGACGAGGAAUACAAAGACCGUUCAUCUCCAUCGGCAUAUUCUGGCGAUGAUUUUGUCGUUAUUCAACCUAAUCGCCGAUUUACCAGUGAACCAACAAGAACCCUUGGUGUUUCCUAUCAAUCAUGUUUAUCACUUUGCUCUAACAACGACGAUUGUCUGACUAUUUCAUAUUGUCCAGCUCCUUUGAGUGAAUGUACAAUGACAAACAAAACGGCUUCAGUUGUUGAACAAUCAUACCAAAGAUUUUCAUCUUACGUCGAUGGAUGUCACAUAUUAUCAAAAUCAUUCAUUUCGUUUUACCGUAAACUUCCUGGUCGUAGUCUGGUUAUUGAUGCUGUAUCUCAAGUUAAAAAUGUUAAAGAUACCGAAUGUGCUCAAUUAUGUACACAAUCAACAGCUUUUGACUGCAAAUCUUUUGAUUAUUGUCCUAAGAUAAAAAAUACUCAAGAUUCAAAAGAGGAAUCUGCAUGCUUCCUUCAUACUCUUCAUGUUGCCACUGACACUGCUCAUGAGAUUAAGCGUGAUGUUUGGGACUUUAGCACUUCUGAAUGUGACCAUUAUUCAAGAAAACUGUCUAAAGAUUAUCGACAUUUAAUUGGACAAAAGCUAAGCGAGGAAUUACAGUUUAUUGAAACUGUAGACGACGUUUCGCUUGAGCAUUGUGCUUCUCGUUGUAGCUCUGGUAGUGUUAGAUGUACCACUUUUGAAUAUUGUGAAGCACCCGAUUCUGUAUCAAACUCAUUAUCAACAUGCAGAUUGACUAAAUCUAAUCCUGUGAACAGUAAUUAUCUGGUUCAAUCAUCGUCUAAAACUAAUUUAUGCUCGGUUUAUGUCAGUAAAAAAGCUCGUAAAGGUGGCAAAGGUGAUCUUGAUGAUCAAGAUGAAGGUGGUCUUGGAAUGGCAAUGGCAAUGGGAGCAACCUUUUUCAUCUCAGCCUUUGUUAUUGGAAUCAUUGCAUCUCAUCUGUACAUAAAAAAGUCAUCCUAAAUUGAUCUACCAUUAGAUUUAUUUAUUAAUUUUAUAAUAACUUAUUACAAUUGUUAUCAUAAAUUUAAGCUGUCUUUGAAUUGAUUAAUUUGCUAUUAUAAAAGGUUGUUAUUGUUUCCUCUAGAGUCUGAAAGUUAGAUUUGUUUUAAUGAUGAUACAAAAGUUACAUUUAAGUACUAACUUGUUAUUAAUCAAAAUCAAAUUAAAGGUCGCUUAAUUAAUCAUGAUGAACGCUGCUUCUCCCAGACUUUAACUUCUCAGUGCACUUUGUAAUAUUAAAAGGCUAUCAAAUACACUAUUUGUACUACUCUUGUGAAGAUCACUUAGAGUUAACAUAAAAGUAAAUAAUUUUGCUUUAAA